UUCCCGGAAUGUGGUUUCUAUGGAAUGUAUGACAAAAUUCUGCUCUUCCGCCAUGACCCUACUUCUGAAAACAUUCUCCAGUUGGUGAAAUCAGCUGCAGAUAUCCAAGAAGGAGACCUGGUUGAAGUUGUCUUGUCAGCUUCUGCUACAUUUGAAGACUUUCAAAUCCGUCCCCAUGCUCUUUUUGUUCAUUCGUAUCGAGCUCCAGCCUUUUGUGACCAUUGUGGAGAAAUGCUAUGGGGGCUGGUGCGUCAGGGGCUCAAAUGUGAAGGAUGUGGUCUAAAUUAUCACAAGAGAUGUGCAUUUAAAAUCCCUAACAACUGCAGUGGUGUACGGAAAAGGCGCCUGUCAAAUGUGUCCCUCACAGGACUCGGCACUGUUCGGACAGUUUCUGCAGAACCCUCACCCAGCAUGCCCGAUGAAGCCCUUCUGCAAAAGACACCAUCAGAAUCAUUCACUGGGCGAGAGAAGAGAUCGAAUUCACAGUCAUACAUUGGACGACCUAUUCAGCUAGACAAGAUCUUACUGUCCAAGGUUAAAGUGCCUCACACUUUCGUCAUCCACUCUUAUACACGGCCAACAGUUUGCCAGUACUGUAAGAAGCUUCUUAAAGGGCUUUUUAGACAGGGUUUGCAAUGCAAAGACUGUAGGUUCAACUGUCACAAACGCUGUGCUCCUAAAGUGCCAAAUAACUGCCUGGGGGAAGUUGCCAUUAAUGGAG